AUGAUUCUACACGAGUUGACGGCGAUUGUGCCUCUGUUUGGGCUAUUCGCCCUGUUUCACUACACCACUUACGUGCCCAUCUCGUACAUGACUGAGCACUUUGGCGAGUACGUGCAAGGAGGGGUAUACAGGUUUGAAAAGUAUUUUAAGCGAAAAGGCUGGUUUGGCUUUGGGCAGGAGGACAGCAGCACAUCUCCACAGCUUACGCCUGGGACCACGAGCCAAGACGCACACGUGGAGGACGCUAUACAGCGAUGGGAAAAGGGAGAGCAAAAGUACAAGAUCCUUGUCGAGGUUGCCUUAGCCUACGCAAUAACGAAGGCCCUCCUGCCUGUCCGAAUCAUCGGCAGCGUUUGGGCUACGCCAUGGUUCGCAAACAUACUCGUUAGAAUCAAGUCCUCACUGGCACGAAGGCCCUAA